AACUCUUGGUCUACUGGGUGGGGUGAGUACAACAACUACAUCAGAAUCAAAACAACCAACCUGUGCGGAAUUGGGUGGAGAAUAGGAGACUAUGUGUAUCCCCUUAAUAUGGUUGUGUUUGCAAACACAUGCAUUUUGGACAAACAUUGUGAAAGUUGCAAUAUGAAUACUCACAAGUGCAGCGCGUGUAAAAGCGGAUAUACACUUAAUUCCUAUAAUAGAUGCGUGGCAAAAACAGUCAAAGUUGGAAAGUUGUACGAUUGCGAAUGGACAAGUUGCAAUCAGACCAAAAACUAA